GCUCCUCCUCCCGCCGCACGCCCUUCCGCCGGCAGCAUGGCGCGGGCCGCCGCGCUCGCCUCCUGCCUGGAAGCCGUGCUGGGGAGCCGCCGCAAUGCCAACCGCGUCUUCGAGAUCCUGGAGCUGCUGGCGGGCCAGGAGGAAAAGGAGGACAUCCUCUGCGCCGUCAGGACCUGCAGCCGGCUCUUCGGGGCGCUGCUGGAGCGGAGGGAGCUGUUCGUGGGCCAGCUGCCCGCCGAAGAGGCCUCUCUCGCCGAUAACUACAGCGCUGAGGACAAAUACAAGAUGUGGAUGAGGCACCGCUACAAUGACUGCGUGGAUUGCUUGGCGGAGCUGAUGGGCCACGAUGCCUUCCAGGUCAAGGAAUUGUCCCUCUGCACUCUCAUGAAGUUUGUUGAGUUGGAGGCACAACAUCCAUUGAUCAAAGUAGAGUGGAAGGGGAGUUUAACUUUUCCUCGUGAACUUCUUAAGGUAGUUGUUGAUGGCUUACUUCCCUUAAACGAGGAUGCUUCACUCUUGAUCUCUCGCUUUCAAGAGUACAUGGAGUAUGAUGACAUUCGGUACUUUGUCAUAAAGGCAGUCACUGAGAGUAUUGGACAAGUCAUGCAGAAGACAAAAGAGAGGCCACUACCAUUUUACCAGCAGAACGUAUUUUCCCUCAUUUCGCCCAUUAACAUGCCGAACAAAGAGAGUGACAUGGUCAAAUUUAUGGUGAAGCAAGAUAACUGGGAGGAAUUGAAAGUGUCGAAGCUGCAGGCACACAAGCAGGCGUUUGAAAAAAUGUGGCUCAGUUUUUUGAAGCACAAGCUACCCACUGGCCUUUACAAAAAAGUUCUUGUCAUUCUGCAUGACUCCAUCCUGCCUUACAUGAAUGAGCCCACUCUCAUGAUAGACUUCUUGACAGUGGCCUAUGGCAUAGGAGGAGCAAUCAGUCUUCUAGCCUUAAAUGGAUUAUUUAUUCUGAUUCAUCAGCAUAAUCUGGAAUAUCCUGACUUUUAUAAAAAGCUGUACAGUCUUUUAGACCCUUCUAUAUAUCAUGUGAAGUACCGAGCCCGCUUUUUCCAUUUGGCUGAUCUGUUUUUGUCUUCAUCUCACCUGCCAGCGUACCUGGUGGCAGCGUUUAUAAAGCGCCUCUCCCGGCUGGCCCUCACUGCUCCUCCCGAGGCUCUACUCAUGGUCAUUCCCUUCAUCUGCAAUCUCUUUCGGAGGCACCCGGCGUGCAAAGUGCUAGUACACAGACCUAAUGGGCCAGAAGGUAUGUCAGAAGAUCCAUAUAUUAUGGAGGAGGAGGAGCCAUCUGAAAGCAGGGCUUUGGAGAGCUCACUCUGGGAGAUUCAGUCUCUACAAAACCAUUAUCACCCAGAUGUGGCCAAGGCAGCUGCUGUCCUGAACCAGUCGCUGUCUGAAAUGGAGGAUGACAUAUCAGGGCUCCUGGAGCUCUCAGCGUAUGAGCUUUUUGAUAAAGAAGUAAAGAAAAAGGCAGUUGAUGUGCCCUUGGAGUUUGAGCAAGUACGAGGUUUGUUUGGGAAGAAAAAUGAUGUUUUUGCAGAGCACUUCACUUUAGAUUGACGUGAUCUCUUAUAAACACAUAUGCACAACUGACUGAUCAUAGGGACGUGCACAAAGCUCACGCAUUGUGCUCAGCAAUUCUGCCUUUGAAGUAUCUCCAUGUAAUGAGAGCUGGACUGCUUGAGAAGAGCGCGGCCUUCUUCAGUGACCUUUGCCACUACCCAUGGAUGGACUUUCCUUUGUUGCUUCUUGUUUCUUACACUCGCAUGUUGCUGCCUGAUAUUUGGGAGGGAUUUUCCAUCAGAGCAAAUUUUUCUGGACUUGGUCAUUGCUGGUUUCCAGCCCUUUUCUCCAAAUCUCCUGGUGCUGGCUGUGAUUGGCGACUGCAUUGACAAACCAUCUUGCUGCCAUUCAAUGGGACCGAUGGGGAGUGCGGUCUCUGACUACUGUUCUUAUUUUUCAGAUGCGUUACUUUCAUACUAGAGCUGAUAACCUGUUUGUAGAAGUGACUUCAAUACAUAGCUGUAAACACAUGAUGAUAUUCUAAUUAUAUUUUUAUAUAUACUUUUGAACUUACAUCUUCAGAGGGAUGUUUAGCUUGUAAGUACUCGUCUUAACACUCUCGUGUUUGAGGCAUUGAAAACUCAGGUUUGUCAAAAACAGCUCAUAGAUGAUGCGCAGUAAUUCCAUCUGUGAAGUCUUGCUGAUGUUCCUUCAUGUACAUCCAUCUCAUGUACAGGUUGCUUAAAUCAAAAUGCUCAUGGGCUUUGGAAAUGAGCAUAAUCCUGGUGACUGCCGUAGCUAGGGAGGCCAACUGAUGUGCAGUGGGAGGCAUGUCUAAUCCUUGAUUUUUGCUUCAGAAUGAUAAGCAGCUUAAUGUAGCUUUGCUUGCAGCCUGCAAGCGUUGUAGGAGCUCUGGCCGGUGUGUAUCCAGGUGCUGAUCAAGUUUUAACUAGUCCACUGAUACUAGAUGGUUUUGUUAAUUCAGUUUUUCCAUAUAGUUCCAGAAGUCAUGCAGAAAUUCUGUCUGGUAGGUUUUGUUUGUUUGUUUUUGUCCCCCCUGUCCAUCCCAUUCCCCCCUCCCCCCCAAAAAAAAACUUUUAAGAGAUCAACAGGUUUUGAGAUCAACUCCUUAUUAAGAACACAGAUAAACUCACUCAGGACUCUUCUUUCAUAAUCAUUUUCAACAGCUUAUUUUCUCAUUAGACUUUUUAACUCUGCGUGCAUACUUUGCAAUCAUAUUUUGUGGAGGAGAAAAAUACAGUCAAGAAAGCGGAGGCCAAGAAUUCUAAUUUCUGGCAGACAAGUCUGUUUAAGUCAAGGAAAACUGCAGCUGUCUUGGAGACACAGUGUUAUGUUUUCUUCAUCCAAUUUUCUUCAUGCUUUCCAAACAAUGGACAUGUCCUCAGAGUAUAGAGCUCUACCUUUUUUUUUCCUGAUGCUUUUGAAUUCAGGUGGGGUGUUUUUCAGGAUUCAAAUUUUUUACUUAAAAGUCAAGUCUCACUCUUUGUUCUCUGGUGAAAAAGUAAUCCCGUUUCCUCCCUGGCCAGCCUACUUUUCGUUUUUGCUUUGACUUCUGGUAUCUGUGGUAGGAAGGCAGAAUGGCUGAGAUGAUAACUUGGAACUUGAGAGACCUCAGCUCAGGUUCAUUCAAGCCUUGUAUUUCAGCUCUAAAACGUAUUUCCCUAUAUCAUCUGUGUGUUGUGUGUAUGUGCUUGGUAAAUAUUUUGAAGUGCUCUGAUGCUGUAGUAAUGAAGACCACAUAGCUACCUUUGAAAGAAGUAUGUAAGUGUAUCAUCUCUCAGAUGAAACGAAUGAAUCUAUUGAAUAUUGAAAUGAACAAAUAUUUAUAUUGAA